CUCGCUCCAUCACCACUACGCUCUUCUCCAAAGUCUCUGUUUUGGUUUUUCUUUUUUUUCCCCCUUCCCUUUCUCCUUUCCCUAAUCUUUUCCUUUGCCAAGAAAACAAGGAGGAGAAGAAGAGAAAGGAGAUGAGGAUCUGUUGUUUAUAAUCCAUUAGAUCGUGUUGUGGGCAAGGUCCGGGCUAGGAUUUGGACGAGUGGCAGUUGGGGCAAAUAUGGCUUCGAGGUUUCUUGAAGUGGCGAUGGUGGAAGUAUCUGGUUAGGGUUUCUCGAUUAUCACCAGAUCUUGCAAUAUUACUGCGAUGAUUCGGAUGUGCAGGUGGAUCUUGACUAAAGAUGGAUAAAGUACUCUUGUUUCCUUUUUAUUGGGUUGGAAGGGAGUUUAUGGGUUAGGGUUUACUUGCUUGUCUACGAUCAUUCUGGAGGAUAGGGAAACCUUCUUCUUUUCUUGGUAUUUGUUGCCCCUCGCGUUAAAUUGAAUUUUAGAAGCAUGCUUUAAGUAUGGGAGUCGUUCUAUGCCUUAAAACUUCAUUUGCAACCCAAAUGCCAUAUUUUUUUUUUUCUUUUCCUAAUUCCUAAAUUUGAUUGGGAUGCAAAGCAUGAGCUUCUUUUUUUUGGGUCUUUCGAUGUUGCAGUAAUGUGCAUUUUUCUGAUCUCUGAUGCGUUAAAUUUGACCUUUUCUUCCUUUUUCCACAAUUUCCAUGCAGGGCCUCGUGCUUGAAGUGUGGAAUUUAAUUUAAUCUCCAAGUGGCAGAGUUCAAGCCAUUGCAUAUUUAGAGGAUCUGUGAGGCUUUGAUUUGUUGUUGGGAGAACCUUUUGAAUUUUUCGUCCUUCGAGUAUAAAGGAAAUCAAGAUUGCAACGUUUUCUGAGGAGGAAGUCUGGAUAGAUCAUAAGCUUCAAAUAAGGGGCUAAAAUUUUAGGUUUCUUUUUCUGUGCACUAAAGAUGAUGGAUAUAAAAGGAAGCACUUCUGCCAACGUAGAUGAUAUACGUGCCCUUCUAUGCAAGGAAUGGGAUGAGAUUUCAUGCCCCAUCUGCAUGGACCAUCCACACAAUGCUGUUCUUCUCCUUUGCACUUGUCAUGAAAAAGGUUGCAAAUCCUACAUUUGUGAUACAAGCUACAGGCAUUCAAAUUGCCUUGACCGAUUCAGGAAACUGAGUAUGGACUCUAUGGAUGGUCCUUCCCAUUCCAGCUCUUCCAUGUAUGACAAUACUGGUAGGGAGAGGCAUGGCCGGAGCACUGAUGCUCCUGCUUCGGUACCAUUCUUCAGGGACCUAAGGAUGACAAGCAACUCAACAGAAACACAUGAAGACUAUGGUCUAGAAGAAAAUAACAAUAGGAUCUCUGCAGGCUCGUUCGAAGAUUCAGAAGGAAAUGAUAAUAUUCUAGGACCAGAUAGAUAUUUAGAAACUCAGGUAGAAGAAAGGAUCACUCUUAAUGAAUCUGGUGGGGAAGAUAGAUCAGAGCAAAAUUGCUUGAAGUGUCCUCUUUGCCGAGGUAUGGUGAUGGGUUGGACAAUUGUUAAAGAAGCGAGACAUUAUCUGGAUCAGAAAAUCAGAAGCUGCUCUCAGGAAUCAUGCUCAUUUUCUGGCAACUACAAGGAGCUCCGCAGACAUGCUAGGAGGGUCCACCCUAUGACAAGGCCUGCUUAUGUGGAUCCAUCAAGGCAGCAUGCAUGGCGUCGCCUGGAGCACCAGCAAGAAUUCGGGGACAUCCUUAGUGCCAUCAGAUCAGCAAUGCCUGGAGCAUUCAUACUUGGAGAUUAUGUCAUUGAUAACGGAGAUGGACUGUCACAUGAGCAUGAAUUAGGUGAAAGCAAUGGACCAUGGUGGACCACAUUCUUGUUGUUCCAUAUGUUUAGCAACCCAAUUAGGUCAUUUGAUGAAGCAAGAGGCUCAUCCAGGGCUUGGAGGAGGCAUCAAAGAUCAUCAGUACAGCGUAAUAUAUGGGGUGAGAACCUAUUGGGUCAACAAGAUAAUGGUGAUGAAAAUGAAAACCUAGAUACUGAUGACAUUCGGGUACCAAGGAGGCGUCGGAGGUUCAUAAGAUCCAGAUCAGAUGAGCAACAGUUAUAGAGAAUCUUGAUAAUCUUGUGAUUUCAACUAUACUAGAUCUUCUUUCUUGCAUAUUCAUUGUAGGUUAGAUGUGGAAAGCUGACAUGGCAACAUUUUGGUGUCGCUGAAGAGUUGCAGAUUAUAUUUUGAAGAAAUUGAUCCUGAGAGUAGAUGAUCAGAAUGGUUCCAUUUUAUAUAAGGUUAUUAUACUACGAAAUUGUUGAAUUUCUUGUAUUAACUUCAUUUAUUUCUAGAGUUGCAGUCUACUAGUUUUCAAAUCUUUGCAGUCAAAAA